UCAUUCAUUCAUUCAUUCAUUCAUCACCUUCUUUUAAAUACCCUCAGCCGACCACUCCAUCCACCCCAUUUGCUUUCCUGCUGAAAUCCUUUCUUCUCUCUCUCUCCUACUAUUUUUCUUUUCCUCUCUUCUUCUCCUUCAACUAUGGAGCUUGAACUAUACACCCUUCUCCGUUAGGAUUAUCUGAAAUCAUUGUUCAAUUUCGUCGAAUAUUGGCGUUCGAGUAUUGUCGAGUAAUAGUAAGAGUCUAACCCUAAAUAAAGGAAGAGAAGAAAAAGAAAAAUGAGUUUGGAGGAUUCGUUACGAUCUCUAUCGUUAGAUUACCUCAACCUAUUAAUCAACGGUCAAGCUUUUAGUGACGUGACGUUCAGUGUAGAGGGGCGUUUAGUCCACGCGCACCGCUGCAUCUUGGCGGCGCGUAGUCUUUUCUUUAGGAAAUUCUUCUGUGGGUCGGACCAGCCUGGUGGGCUUGACCCACGGGUGAUGGGUCAAGCCUUGUCACCCCGAGCGGGUGGGGGUCCGGUACCGACUCAAGUCAUACCGGUUAACUCUGUCGGGUAUGAAGUGUUCAUGUUGUUGUUACAGUUUUUGUACAGUGGACAAGUCUCAAUUGUUCCUCAGAAACAUGAACCUCGCCCCAAUUGUGGUGAGAGAGGUUGUUGGCACACGCAUUGCACCUCCGCCGUUGAUCUUGCCCUUGAUACUCUCUCCGCCGCCCGAUCGUUCGGUGUUGAACAACUUGCUUUGCUUACUCAGAAGCAAUUAGCAAGUAUGGUAGAGAAGGCAUCAAUUGAGGAUGUAAUGAAAGUACUAAUAGCUUCAAGGAAGCAAGACAUGCACCAACUGUGGACAACUUGUUCACACCUAGUAGCGAAAUCCGGCUUACCGGCGGAAGUGCUAGCGAAACACCUCCCUAUCGACGUUGUAGCGAAAAUCGAAGAGCUUCGACUAAAGUCAAGGCGAUCAACCCUCAUCCCCCACCAUCACCACCACGCUCACCCUCACGACCUCGGGCUCCCUUCUCCCGGUGAUCACGAGGACCACAAAAUCCGGAGGAUGAGACGAGCACUGGACUCCUCGGACGUAGAGCUAGUAAAGCUCAUGGUCAUGGGAGAAGGCCUUAAUUUAGAUGAAGCACUAGCAUUACACUAUGCAGUUGAGAAUUGCAGCCGUGAGGUGGUUAAGGCAUUGCUUGAGCUAGGGGCAGGAGAUGUGAAUUACCCUGCCGGUCCCACGGGGAAAACCCCACUCCAUAUAGCAGCCGAGAUGGUAUCCCCAGACAUGGUGGCAGUAUUGUUAGACCACCACGCGGACCCGAAUGUACGCACCGUAGAUGGUAUAACUCCCUUAGAUAUCCUAAGGACUUUAACCUCGGACUUCCUCUUUAAAGGAGCGGUCCCUGGGUUAGCACACAUUGAGCCUAACAAACUCCGGCUUUGUCUUGAGCUAGUACAAUCUGCUGCAAUGGUUAUCUCAAGAGAAGAAGCAAAUGACAACAACAAUAACACCAAUAACAAUAACAACAACAACAACAACAACAACAACAACAACAACAAUGCUUCCACGACCUCGAUUUACGCGCCAAUAGGAGGAGGUGAUCUAGAGCGUACCACAAGUAGUACUAGUAGUAGUGGGAAUGUUGGGAACAUUGGUAUAGAUUCAAGGAUGGUUUACUUGAACUUAGGGGCAGCUGGUUCAGCUCCAAUGGGAGAUCAUCAUCAACAACAUAAUGAGGAUAAUAGUCAAACAAGUCACCGGAAUCCGUCGUCCAUUUAUCACCACCAUCAUCAGCAUCACCAACACCACCAUCAUCAUCAUGACUAUUGAACUUGAAUCGAAUCACUUAUUCAGGAAUUACACGUACGGACGUACGGACUCUGGGAGUUUGCGUAUUUUAGUCAUGAAAAUGUAAGUAUCCAUCUAUGUUAGUCAAAAUUUAUUAGUGCUACAUAGGUGGAUUAUGCUAGAAUUAUUUAUAAAAAUUCUGCUUUAUUCAUAUUUCGGUUUUUUUAUUCUUAUUUUGCUGGAUUUCUUGCCUAAUUUACUUUUAUUUAUUAUUAUUAUUAUUAUUAUUAUUAUUA